UGCAUUCACCCAUUCCUAAACAGACUCAAAGGGAAAAGUGCAGAUUGCAAGUGACACCAGACGAACCUUUUAAACAGAUUCUUUAGUUCUCACUUUCUGAGUUACUGAAAAUCAGCAUUGUAAAUCAAUUGAACAGAGUGCUCCUACAUUUCCCUCAGUCUUGGAUAAAACCAUGUCACCUUUGAGGACCACACUGAGGCAAGGAUGUUUCUUCACACUGGUGCUGUUGUCAUGGACUGCUGUGGAGGGUGCCUGUCCACUGGAGUGCUCUUGUCCAACCUCAACCCCCUCAUGUCCUCCUGGCAUCAGUUUGGUUCUGGACCCAUGUGGAUGCUGUCGGGUCUGUGCCAGACAGUUUAACCAAGACUGCAGCGAUAAUGAACCCUGCGACCACAUCAAGGGACUGCGCUGCCAUCUAGGGGCUGAAGGAAACCCUGAGAGAGGCUUGUGUAGAGCUGAAGCUCUGGGUCGUCCGUGUGAGCUGGAUGGUCGGGUAUAUCAGCACGGUGAAGACUUUCAGCCCACCUGCGAGCAUCAGUGUACUUGUGUUGACGGGGUCGUCGGGUGCAUCCCGCUUUGUCCGCAGCGCGUGUCUUUACCUGACCAGCGCUGUUCCCGCCACCGCCUCACCAAACUGCCCGGCCGCUGCUGCCACGAGUGGGUGUGCGAGGAUGACAACAGCAUCCAUGAAGAGGACCAAAUGGCAGACUUACAUUCACGAGAGGAUACUGACCUGACAGGCAACGAGUUACUUACUCCGUCAACAACGUGGGAUAGCGGUGCAGGAGUCCCCUAUCAAGAGUGGAUUACAUCGCCAAAGUCCCAUGCCCUCCUUCCAUCCACCUGCUUUCUGCAGGUCACCGAUUGGUCACCAUGCUCAACCACUUGUGGAAUGGGCAUUUCCAGUCGUGUUACCAACAGUAAUGCUGAGUGUCGGUUGGUCAGGGAAACUAGACUUUGUCAGAUCCGGGAGUGUGGAGACAACCUUACGCCAUCAGUAAAGAAAGGAAAGAAGUGUCAGAGGACCACACGACCACAGAAACCUAUGCAGAUCACGUUUGCAGGAUGCUUCACUGCUCAGCGUUACCGGCCUCGUUCAUGUGGAUCUUGUUCAGACGGUCGCGUCUGUGUUCCUUCUGUGACGCGUACAGUCCGUCUACACUUUCACUGCCCUGGGCCAGAACAAGAGGACUUCACCCGCAAUGUCAUGUGGAUACAGCGCUGUAACUGCAGCCAAAGAAACAACAGACAGGGCUUGUUCUCACAAACAGAGCUGAUCAAUUUGCCAAAUGAUAUACACGUAUAUACACACUGAUCGCUCAAGAACUUAUUCAUAUAAACAUAUUCUCACGUUAUUAAGUAUGUACACAAUCUUCACAUCAAUAGAAAAUCUAAUAUAACAGCAUUAUGUACAGAACUUGAUAUGUCACAUUUUCAUUGGUGUUUUAUCUUGUGGACACAGGGUGUAUGACCAUUAUAUUAAGAUGUAAUAAUGACUCAAAACCUUUCUUGGUUUGAUGGUAGACAAUGACACAUGUGGUGAAAAAAAGCAUUUAAGUUCACAAUUUUUAUACUUAAAUAUAACAUUGAUAUAUGUCACAAUUGUAUUUAUAAAGCCAGAAUUACUGUAUAUACUGUAAAUAUGUAUAAAAUGUACAUAGUUCUUGUAUUUUCCUAUUUAUACAAUGCUUAAUUUCUUGUGAAGUAUGAUAUUUAAACCUUAAAUUAUUUUGAGGUAAACAACAAUAUAGAGCAAAUAAAUAAAUAAUGCAUA